CAGAGGCAGUUAUAUAAGCGGCCAAGCCAUGCAGAGGAGUCUCAACCCCUCUCUAUCUCCACUUGUCGCCUCGCUCCUCCCUCCUAGUCCCUCCCUUCCUCCCUCCCUCUUUUCCCUUCCCCUCCCCACCUCUCCUCUCCUCACUGCUGCUACUACUCAUUUAUUAUCAACUCCCCCACCCCCCCGUAUAUACUCUCCACCUCGCUACUCGUUUAUUAUUAUUUUUUUAAUUUAAGAAAUAAAUAAUUGGAAAAGGAAAGAAAACAGAGAGGGGGGUGCGCGGGGGGAUAAGAAAAUGGCUACCUGUGGGAGCUUGAGAUCGCUGUUCGAGAAGCCGCUGCUGGAGAAUCCGACGCUGAUGGAGUCGCUGUCGUCGUGGAACCAGAUCAAGCCCAAGAAGCCCGCGGCGGUGGACCCUGCCUCCUUCACCGAGCUCUUCGGCGAACUCCACUUCCAGGAAAACCCACCUCCCUCUCCCUCGCCCUCUCCCUCCUCCCCCGCAUUCUCCGAUCGGAUCCCGCCGCCGCCCAAACCCGAUAAGACGCCGCCACCCCCGACCCCCAACGCCAACGCCAACGGCUUCUCCAAGAGCUCGUACGGGUGGCAGCUGUGCACGGAGGGGCUCGGAUCCGAGAGCUCGGACGACGUCGACGACCCGAUGAAGAGCGGCUGCGACGACGAGGGGACGGGGGAGAAGGCGGAGUCCGAACGGAAGGCCGCUGUCUCUAACGGCGACGGGGGUGGUUACCCGUGCUGUUACUCGGACGUUAGGGCUCGGAACCGAGGGGGUUUCCCGCCCCCGAUCUCGUCGAUCGGGAGGAGCGGGAAACCGUGGGUGUGCUUUAGGCCGUACAGGGAGGAGGGGAGGUUCGUGCUGCGGGAGAUCCGGAUCCCGAGCCAGGAGUUCCUGCACGUCUCCCGAGAGGACGGGAGGCUCAAGCUCCAAUUCGUACACCCCGAUGAGGAUAUUGAGGAAGGAGACGACGAAGAAGAAGAAGAAUAUGAGGACGACGACGACGACGACGGAGGAGGAGAUGCAACGGCCGGGUGAGAUACAGUGAUGGAUUUAAUUGGAUUGGAUACUUGGACGGAUGAGAUUUUGCGUAAGCAAAAAUCGGUAAAACUAGCUUGGCAAUGCGCACAAGAGCUUUUCCAGGGGGGAAAGUGUUAUUAUCAGUGUAAAAUAAAUAUGAUCUGUUAAAAAUGAGUGGUGGGUGAAAAAAAAAAAAAAAAAACAACAGAAUUUGAAACAUUCGACUGGUAAUCUAUGUGUGUAGUCGGCGCCUGCCCUUCCAACUCAAAUCGGUGAAAAGUUAGCUCUUGAGUUACAACUUACAACUAGUGUGGUGGUUUGAAUUCGAAAUACCAGACUGAGAAAAGUGCCUGCUAAAUGAAAAUUUCAAAGUUCUUGUUCAGUUAUUUUCAAGGAAAUGCAGAGUCUGGCCCAACUAUGCUGAUUUCUACAGUUAAGAGUAGUCAGAAAGCCGUGGAGAGCCGUGGUCCUUCAUUAGAUCGAACUAUUCUGCUCCCGAAGAAAAAUAGAUUGCCCGUAUCCUGCAAUUUGUACAGAUGUGCACUGCCAAUCUAUAUACCUUCUUCUCGUCA